CCAAUGAAAAUUCAUCUUUCUAAUUUGCCCUUUCGUUUCAGAGAAGCACACAUUAGAAAAAUGCUUGAGUCCUUCGGUCAGAUAAUCAACAUCGAGGUCAUCUGCAACGAGAGAGGUUCAAAGGGAUUUGGCUUUGCAACGUUCGCCAGAGGUUCGCAGGCCAAGAAUGCCAUGCUAUAUAUGAACGGGCUAAUAGUAGAGGGCAGAAAACUCGAGGUUAGU